AUGGCGUCAAUGGCGAUCGGCGUCAGCUUGUCGAUGAUUAGCGGCGUAAUAGGCGGAGGAGACGAUGUUACUCGAGCAACAAUAAAAAAACUGAAUCUGAAUCAGAAGAAGUCACGGAGAGAGAGUAGACGCAGGUUUUUGGGGAUGACCAAAUUUCGAAGCUCCGGAGAAAUACGAAGCGUCUUGAAGGCGGUCGGAGAGGAGGAGGAGAAGCAGACGGAGAAUAUGAGUAGGAAUCUGAGAGUUGGACUCAUUUGCGGAGGUCCGUCGGCGGAGCGCGGGAUAUCUCUCAACUCAGCUAGAUCAGUCCUCGAUCAUAUUCAGGGUAACGGUAUAAGCGUGAGGUGCUAUUACAUAGAUGUUGAUCUCAGAGCUUUUGCAAUCUCCUCCGCCCAGUUGUACUCGAAUACUCCGGCUGAUUUUGAUUUCAAGCUCGAGAGUCUUGCAGAGAAAUUCUCUUCAUUAACAGAAUUGGCGGAGCAUCUUGUUACCGCGGUGGACAUUGUAUUCCCUGUUAUUCAUGGUCGAUUUGGUGAAGAUGGUGGUAUUCAGGAGCUCCUGGAGAGUCAUAACAUUCCAUUUGUUGGGACCGGAGCCGGUGAAUGCGGCAGAGCCUUUGACAAGUAUGAAGCCUCUUUGGAGCUCAAGGAACACGGGUUUAUGUCAGUGCCAAAUUACUUGGUGCAGGGAAGUGGAGUAGAUGAAAGUGAAAUAGCACAAUGGUUUACAGAUAACCAGCUGGACCUCGAGGUGGGAAAAGUCGUGGUAAAACCAGCUAGAUCAGGAUCAAGCAUUGGUGUCAAGGUUGCUUUUGGCGUACAUGAUUCAAUCAACAAGGCUAUCCAACUUAUUCUAGAGGGAAUUGAUGAUAGGGUUGUUGUGGAGGUGUUUAUUGAAAAUGCAUAUGAGUUCACUGCCAUCGUCCUGGAUGUUGGUUCUGGCUCUGUUUCCCAUCCUGUUACGCUCUUGCCCUCUGAGGUGCAACUUCAGUUCCAUGGAAGAAGUGAUCCCAAGGAAGACGCCAUCUUCGACUACCGGAGAAAAUAUCUGCCGACUCAACAGGUCACUUAUCACACUCCUCCUCGUUUCCCUCUCCAUGUUAUCAAAAGAAUCCGUGAAGAGGCAUCUCUUCUAUUUCGAAAGCUAGGUCUUCGCGAUUUUGCUCGUAUAGAUGGAUGGUAUUUGGCUCCCACUUCAAAUUUAUCAUCAUCUGCAAGUGAAACACUUGGAGGAUGCAAGUCAGGGGAUAUUCUGCUCACGGACAUCAACUUGAUAAGUGGCAUGGAGCAAACUAGCUUGCUCUUCCAACAGGCUUCAAAGGUUGGGUUUUCUCAUUCAAACAUACUGCGAACUAUCGUCCACCGAGCUUGCUCAAGGUUUCCACAUCUUUCUUGGUAUAAUCAUGGGUCUAGUGGUUCAACAACCCAGGAAAAAUCCGGGGACGUCCAGAAAGUGUUUGUUAUAUUUGGAGGAGACACUUCAGAGCGGCAAGUCUCUGUCAUGAGUGGAACAAAUAUUUUGCUCAAUUUGCAAAGAUUUGUCGAUCUUAAAGUAACUCCCUACCUGCUUUCCCCAUCAUGUUCAGACAAAACCGAAUCUGAUUUGGACAAUAGACAAGUCUGGUUAUUACCAUACUCUGUUUUGCUGAGGCACACUGUUGAGGAAAUUCUUGCAGCGUGCUUGGAAGCAAUCGAGCCUGAUCGGGCUCUCUUUACAUCUCUGCUUCAGAAGCAAGUGAGGGAGGAUCUUAUGGAUGGUUUGAAGAAUCAGAGCUGGUUUGCAGGGUUUGAUAUAACAGACGAACAGCCCAUCAAAAUGUCUUUGAAAGAGUGGAUCAAGCUGGCCAAGGAAGCUCAAGCAACCGUCUUCCUUUCAGCUCAUGGAGGAAUUGGGGAAGAUGGUACACUACAGGCGUUACUGGAGAAUGAGGGAGUUGCUUACACAGGUCCAGGCGUACUAGCUUCUAGGACUUGCAUGGACAAGGCUAUGACAUCUCAGAGGCUUAGUCAUCUUUCAGCAUUUGGAGUUCAUACGAUAAGCAAUGAUGUGAAGAGAACAGGGGAUAUGAUACAUGAGAGCAUCCCAAACAUUUGGGAUGAAUUGAUCUCCAAGUUUCGGUGUCAGACACUGUGUGUUAAACCAGCAAGGGAUGGUUGCUCUACUGGUGUUGCAAGAUUAUGUUCCUCUGAAGACCUUGCUGUAUAUGUACAAGCUUUAAAGGAUUGUCUACCAAGGAUUCCUCCGAACACUUUCUCUAAGGGACAUGGAAUGAUAGAGAUGCCAAAUCCUACUCCAGAGCACUUGAUUUUUGAACCAUUUGUUGAGACAGACGAAAUCAUAGUUUCAUCAUCAAAAGCCAAACAGCAGCUCUCUUGGAAAGGUAUGAGGCGGUGGGUAGAGAUAACGGUGGGUGUAAUCGGAAAGCGUGGGUCAAUGCAUUCACUGAGCCCUAGUCUUACUGUCAAGGAAAGUGGCGAUAUUUUGUCACUUGAGGAGAAGUUCCAAGGCGGCACUGGCAUAAACCUUACUCCACCUCCACCAACAAUCAUGAGUAAGGAAGCUUUAGAAAGAUGCAAACAAGGCAUUGAGCUGAUUGCGGAAACUCUCGGCUUGGAGGGGUUUUCACGGAUCGAUGCUUUCGUGCAUGUUGAAACCGGAGAGGUGAUGGUUAUAGAGGUGAACACAGUUCCGGGAAUGACUCCUUCGACUGUAUUAAUCCAACAGGCAUUAGCAGAGCAGCCACCAAUGUACCCUCCUCAAUUCUUCCGCACACUGCUCCAUCUUGCUGCUCACAGAGCCAGAGUCUAG